AUGACAAAUAAAAUUCUGUUACUUUUAUAGACUAUUUUAUUUAAAUUGGGAAUUUUAAUUUUGGCUUAAGCAUAAAAAUGCCCAAAUUUUUAAGUUUAGCAAAUACCUAAAUUUUUUGAGUCUUAAUACAUCAUAAAUUACUUGAAGAUACCAAAAACAAAUUUGCUUUUAAUAAACUCAACAGCGAAAGACUAAAAUGGUGUUGCUAUUACCAGUGUUGUAUAUUAUAAUGAUAUUUCCAAAGAUGUUGACAACACAAUUAAUGUUAUUAGGCCUGAUUAUACAAUAGUUUAAAUGGAUUUUAUUGAGUAGACAAAUCAGAUUUUAGUUGCUAGCGAAUAAAAAUUGAUAGUUGCUAACAUAUAUACAUUAUCUAUAAUAAAUCAUCUUAUUAUUAGCAAUUUAAAGGGAAUUAACUUAAUUUAAGGAACAAAUUUAGCUUUUGUAACAACAUAAACUUGCAACAUUUAUAUUAUAGAUGUUAUUGAAUUGAAUUAGGUAUAUUUUAAAGAUUCUUGCUAUUUCAAGUAUGAUAUCUAUAAUCCUCUUUAUUUCCCUAAAAUAUUCUUUCUCUAAAAUGGUUUAAUCUUUGUAGCAAUAAAAGAUAAAUAUGGCUUUCAAGCUUGGUCAUUAAAUACUACAACAAUUGCUCUUGAAUAUCAUAAUUAUUUGCCAGAACCAUAAGGAAAUCCUAGUUCUACUUAAUAUAUAGACAUAGAUGUUGAUUUAAAUUGGAAUGUUAUAUAUGCUGUAGGUUAAGGUUAUUUAAUAAAUAUUAUUUAGAUUGUAAAUUUAAGAGAAGGAAAAUUUAAAUUGCUGAAAAAUUUAUAACUGAUGGAUUCUACUAGUGAUUUCUAUAAUGGAAAAUUAAUUAGAGGUAUUUCCCAAACAUUAAAUAGCUAGAGUCUAUAUCUUACAGAUACAACUAAAAUAUUCAGAUUAGAUAUUUAGAUAUUUGGAGAUUUUUAGAUAUAAAAAAUAGAUUCUUUAACUUAUGAAAUGGCUUAAUAACCUUUUCCAAUAUCAAUCGAAGCAUUCUAACAUGCAAAUUGGUACUUUUUAGAAGAAAAUAAGGUUUUAGUUUUACCUGUCCAUAAUAUUUUUCAUUAUGGAGGUAUGGAGUAGACUUAUUCUAUUUUCUACUCAUACAUCGAUAAUACUUUUUAAGUUCGUUAAUAUUAUCGAACUACAGGAUUUCCUAAAAUUUUUCAUAGAAAUUUUGAUAAAAAAGACUAUUACAUUACACCAAUAACCAGUUAUGUUUUUGCUUCUGAGGACACACCUUAGGGAAAAGAUGUGUGGACAUUUAAUUUAGGUAGUUAAAUCAAUGGAAAAGAAAAUUGUUUUAUCGAAAUUGCAAACUACCCUAAAGGAUUUUUUUUAUAGAUGAAUAACAAUAAUUUAAUACAACUCGAUGCGUUCGGUGAUUAUUAUUCAUAUAUGGAUAUAAGUUAUUUAAAUCUAUCGUUUGGUAGAAUUAGCUAAACUUAAACUUCUUAUUUAGAUUAAGAAAAGUACUUGUGGAUUCUUUUUGCUUUACCUUUCAAAGAUAAUAAUGAAAAAUUUUUAUUUUGGAUUGUUGAUUAUUAUCAUUGGAAUCUUUAACAAUUAGUAUCCAACAAUGAUGCUGAUAAUUAAAUUCAAACAUGUUAUGCACUAUAUUCUGAUAAAAAUAAAUUAAUAGUUGGGUUAGAUGUGCUUGGGAAUGUUUAUGGCUGGAAUUCGUAAAACAUUACUGAAUUUAAAUUUAAGAAAUCUAUAACUAAAUAUCAAUGCUUCAAUUCUACUAUUGGCUAGCUAUACAACGAUGAUAAAGCCCUUUACUUGGUAGCAGUAUGUGAUAAUCUGAAUUUAAUUGCUUUUAAUAUAGAUACUGAGGAAACGUAAUUGUUAAAGUAAAUGUCCUCUAAAUCGUUUAACGUUAAUUCUUUUGAAGAAAUUCAGCUUAUUGGUGUUGGAGAAAGUGAUACAGGAAAUGUCUUUUUAUUUACAUUCAAUCAAAACACUCAAAGUUUUGAAUUCUUUUUAUAAUUUUAAACAAUAAAAUAAAAAGAUUAUACCUUAAAUUUAUAAUAUUUAGCUGAAUCCCAAAUGCUUUUUAUUUAGUAUUUUUAUAGUAUAUAUUAUUUUCCAAUUGGAUAAUGCUUAUAAAAUAGAUAAAAUUGCCUAAAUUGUCAGAUGGACUUUUACUUUAAUUCUACUGAAUAAUAGCUUUCUAAUAAUCUAUAUGGAUUAGGAACUUAAGAAUCUCCUUUUGUAACUUCUAAAAGCUUAAUAACAUCCUUCUUAUUAAUGUAGCAAUAUAAUGACCUAAUAUUUGGUGUUUAAAAGAUCAAUGCUACUAUUUAUAUUUAUCCAAAUUAAUCUCUUUAAAUUAUAUAAGAGCUUAUUAACGUGCAAUUUGGAAAUAUUAUAAAUUUGACAAUUAAAAGUGUUGAUGAAUCUAUUUAAUCUGAAAUAAAUACUUAUGAUGUUUUAGAAUUUUAGUAAUUCAACAUUUUAAGAUUAUAAAAUAUUAUGAUAAAAUAUUUAAUAUCAUCUAAGAAUCUAAUCUCUGAAUGUGGAUUAAAAAUAACUAAAAUACUUGACACGGCUUAUAUUGAACAUAUCAAUUAUAAGUAGUAGUUAUCAUAAUAAUAAGAUCAAUCACAGUAAUAUAAUUAAAUAGUUACUUGCUAUUUUAUGCAUAUUGAUAAUUCUUCAGUUAUAUUACAAAAUAUAAAUAUAUCAUCAGCUAAUUUUUCUCACUUUGAAGAUUUAAUUAUAGUUACUAAUUCAAAUUAGAUAAGUCUUUAAAAUUUUACUCUUGAAAAUUCAAUUUUAAACAGCUAGUUUAGUAUUUUAAGAUAAAUAAGCGAUACUAAUAUUACAAUUAAUUAAAUGUUUAUUUAAAACAACACUUGCAACUUUGAGUAAAUUACCUAUUCUGAAAACGUAGGAGAACUCUUUUAAGGAGGCUUGUUUAAUGUGAGCAAUAUGCAAAUAAAAGGAAAUAUAUUUUGUAAUUAAAAGGUUUUUUCAACAAUAACUAAUGUCAAUUAGAAAAAUUAUAUUUUAUCCUUUUAAAAUAUUACAAUUACUUAAAAUAAAUUUUAUACAAUGGCAUCGUAUUUAUUUUUUAAUGCAAUCUACACAUUUAAUCCUUUACCAUAGCACACUCUCUUAGUUAACAAUGUUUAAAACUCAGAAAAUUAAUAUUUUCCUGAUGAUAAAACUUAUAAAAAUUUAUUAACAACUUCUCUAAUUUAAAUAGAUAAAGUUUAGAAUAUUAUUCUAAAUAAUAUAACUACUUAGAAUCAAAAUAAAAUAUCUUUCUUAAGAGCUUCUAAUUGCCUAAAUAAUUAGCUUUUUAACAUAUCAUGCACAAAUGAUUUUUCUUUUUUCUAAAAUACAGAUAUAAAUUAAUAUGCUGGAUGUCUAAUAUUUACUGAUGUAAAAAAUUUUAGUCUAAAUAUGUUUAAUUCAAGUUUUAUCAAAGCUGUUGACUAAUCUAUUAUAAAUGUAUAAAGCUAAAUAUAUGAAAAUGUAACAAUUUAAAUGACCUAAAUCAAUAUUUUUAAUAGCUCAUUUUAUCAAACUUUAACAAAUACCUAUUCAAAUCCUAUUUUUAUAUCCUCUGAUUAAUACUCUAAUAUUAAGAUAUUGGAUUCAUAUUUUCAUGAUAAUAUACUUUUUGGCUUUAUAAACUCUCAGACAUAAUCAACUACAGGUAUUCAGAUUAUAAAUUCAUAAGGUGACAAUUUAAUUUAAGGUACUAGAUUUAAUAACUCAAAAUCAAAUGCACUUUAUAAUUUCAUGUUUGUGUAGAGUAAAAGCCUAUUAAUAAAUAAUUGCUCAUUUCAAUAUUCUUCAUUCGAUUUGCAAGACACAAAUACUUUAUUUGUAUAAGAAGGAGGAUGUAUUAGAGUAAAAACUGUGACACUUUAGUUAUUAAAUACCUUUUUAUCUUAAUCAACAUCAAGCUUGGCCUCUUUUAUAUAUAUUGAAUCAUAAAUAAAUGAGAUCAAUAUUAUAUUAUCCAAUUCUUCAUUUUCUUAAGGAUAUUCAAGUUAAGAUGGAGGAGCUUUCCUCAUACAUACUUAAAAUUCAAACAUUAAAUUAUUAAUAAAUAAAUGUAAUUUUACAGACAUAUAUUCUUUAAAUGCAGGAUCAAAAGCUAUUUCAGUUUUUAAUCAAGCAUAGGUACAAAUAGAAGCAUCUUUAAGUAUAAAUUUAACAGCUAUCAUCUUAACAAAUAUUUUAGGAAACACUGAUUCUAUAUUUUUAAGUGUCAAUUAAUCAUAAGUUAAUGUAUAAGGUUUAAAAGCAUACAAUUAAAAAACUUAAAAUUAUCCUACUUAAUUCAAUAAAAAAGUUUUAACUUAAAAUUUAUAAACUUCCACAUUAAUUUAUGCAGAGAAAUCAAAUAUAACUAUAAAUAACACAAACUUUAGUAAUUUAUAUUCAUCAUACCAAUCAACAUAACCUCUUUUAAUAAAAUCAAUAAACUCAAAUAUUUCAAUACAAAAAAUUUAAAUAUCUUAAUCUUUUUUUAUGCCAAGCUUGAUUGAUGCAACUUUGAGCUAAGUUAUAAUGAGCCAGGCUCAUUUCAGCAAUUUAUCUUUGGUUGUAGAACAUAGAAAUCUUUAAUAGUAAAAUAUAAAGUAAUAAAUUAAUAGUAACUCUUUGAUAAAAUUAAACACAUCAAGCAUAACUAUUAACGAUAAUUCAUAUUUUAAUGAAAUUAUUUGUUUAAAUUGUUAAGGCUCAAGCUUAUAUUUAACUUACACUGCUUUCAAUAUUCAAAAUACUUGCUUUAGAUCUUCUUAAGUAUUAAAUGGAGGAGCUAUUUUAAUUUAAGGGAUAACUCAAACUAAUAAUCUAAUAUUAAAUUCAAAUUUUACAAGUAAUAUAGCUACUUAUAGUGGUGGAGCAAUUUAUUUAAAAGCAUAAUAAAACGAUAUUUUUAAAAUAAUUAUACAUGAAUCUAAAUUUGAAGACAAUUUAGCUGUUAAUGGUUAUGGUGGUGCAUUUUAUAUUGAAACUGAAGAUAUGAAUUCUGCAUAAUAAGUUUUUAUUGUUAACAAAACAAUUAUUUAAAAAAAUAAAGCUUUUAUCGGUGGUGGCAUUUACAACUAAGGAAUUAAUCCUCAAAUCUAUUAAAGUCAAAUUUAAUUUAAUUAAGGAUAACACUACGGAGAUAACCAGUUUUCUUAUCCUACAGAGCUGCACCUAGUCAAUUAUUAUAAUUUUUCGAAAGAUUAUCCAUAAAAAAUAUCUCUAAAUAAAUUUAAAAGUGGAGAUAAAUUCCCUAAAUUUAUAUUUUAAUUGAGGGAUACUAGUUUUAAACCUAUAACAUUUACAGAGGGAUAGCAACUAACAGCUAAAAUACAAAUAAGUUAAAAAACACAAAAUUAUUCUCAAUAUUAUUUUAGAGGUAAUACACUAUCAAAUUUGGAUCCUAUUCAAAAUAUUUUUAUUUUCGAUUAACUUGAAUUGGUUGGUAUUCCAUCAUCUGAUUCAGUUAUCGAAUUCGUCUCAGAUUCCAUAAAAGUCUAUAAUAAUUACACAUUAAAGUUUGAAAAUAAUUAUACCUUUGAAGUCUAUGUAAACUUUAGGAAUUGUGUUUAUGGAGAGAUUUUUAAUUAGUACAAUAACUACAAAGAAUGUUAAACUUGUGAAGAAGGUAAGUAUUCAUUAGAUUUUUAGGGAUGUUACUCUUGUCCAUAGGGUGGAGAUUGCCAAAAUGGUACUGUUUAACUUCAGAAUGGGUUUUGGAGAAAGGAAGAGUAUAGCAUAGAAAUAAUUUAAUGUUACAAUAGAUUGCAGAAUUGUGUAAAGAACACAGAAAAAUCUUUUGGAAAUAACAUCUGUGUUACUGGAAACAUAGGUCCUCUAUGUGAAGAGUGCGAUAUUCAUGGUGAAUUCUGGGAGUAAAGUUAUACUAGAACUAACAAUUUUUAAUGUGGACUAUGUGAAGAUUAGACUAAAAAUUUAUUUAAAUUAGUUCUUACAUAUAUAUGGAUACUCGUAUCUAUCUAUCUUACAGUCAAAAGCGAAUAGAAUUUAUUCUUAUAAGGUACUUUGAUUAAAAGUAUUAGAUAUAAAUAGAAAUAAUCCUAAAAACAAAAUAUGUUAUCUUUUGAUAAAGGAAGAAUUCAAAUAAGUAGGAUAAGUAAUUAAAAAUAAAAUGAGGUAAAUCAGCCAUCUAAAAAUUAUAUAAAAAUACUCACUAACUAUUUCUAAAUAAUUAGCUCUGUUUCAACUUUCAAUUUAAAUAUUAAUUCAAGGUUGGUAGACAUUUCCUCAUAUUUAGGAAAUCCUAUAAAAACUUCAACUGACUUUUUAGAGUGCCUACUUAAAGAAAUAAAUACACAUAUUCCAUUAAUAUACUUAAAAUUGAUAUUUUCUUUAACAACACCUCUAAUUAUUUUGAUAGUGUUUGUAAUAUCCUUGAAAAUUAAGUAAUAUUUAGUUGAAAAAUCUAGACGCUUUAAAUUAUACUAGUUUUACACCGGUUCAAUAUUUUUAUUUCUAUAUCUCUAACCUGAUUUAGUAUCUUAAAUGAUCAGUCUGCUUUCAUGUAGGCAAAUAGGAGACACAUUAUAUAUACUAAAUAACACCACUUAUGAAUGCAAUACAAAGAGUUAUAAAUUUUAUAGUAUAAGCUUUGUGCUACCUUUUUUAAUUUUAUGGGUUCUAAUACUUCCUCUUUUAUUGUUAAUUUACAUUCUUAAAAAUAAGGUAAAGCUUGAUAAUUUAUCUAUUAACAUGAGAUUUGGUUUCUUGUAUAGAGAGUAUAAAAACAAUGUUUUUUAUUGGGAGUUUAUCAAAAUAGCAUAAAAAAUAUCAAUAAUAAUUGUGCUUAACUUUUAUUAUUAAUACACCCUUGUUAAAGGUUGUAUUGUCACAUUAAUAAUAACUGCAUAUGGAAUUUUAGCAAAUAAAUAUUAACCUUAUGAAGAAAGUUAAUACAAUUAAAUAGACAGUUUAUCUACUAAAGUAUGUGCUUUGACAAUAUUUCUUUGUGUAUUUAUUAAUGGAAAUGAAUAUAAUUAUUUAAUAAUUAUUUCAUUAAUCACAGUUAUUAUAAUUAACUUUUAUUUCAAUUUGGUGAUUUUAAUGAAAGUUUUAGAAGGUUAUAAAUAAUAUUUUUCAAAAAUUUGCUCAUGGGUCAAAAAUAAAAUAUCUUUAAAAAAUACAAGCGAAAAUGAUAAAUAAUAAGGAAAGGAAAAAACAGUAAAGUUUAUAAAACCUGAAUUGAAAAAAAAAAUUUAAAUAGCCUUAAUUAAAUAUACUAAAUUAAGUUAGAUCAAAAGGUAUGAAUUACUUUUGUCAUAGCAGCUAAAUACUGAAUAAAGAAAAUAAAUAGUAGCUUAAUAAGAAAAAUAAAAUAAUUAAGAAUUUGAAUAGACUGAAAAGUCGUAAAUUAAAAAGCAUUAUCUUUCUCCUUAAUAAAGUGCUAGCUAAUUAUCUAUGUCACCUCUUAGCAGUAAGAUUAGUGAGAACUAAAGCUAAAAUAUUUUAAUUACUUAAAAUAAAAUAGAUAAAUUAGUAGAAAUGGAGUUUAAACUAACGAAUUUCUAAUCGAAAUUUGAGUAGGAAAAAUCUUAUAGGACUUCAAGAAAAAAUAAUUAAAAUCCAUUCUUAACAUGUUCUAAAAUUAAGAAAAUAGAUUAUGAAAUGGAAGAAUUUCCUUAAAUAUUUGAAUCAAAUAAUUUAGAUAGAUUAUCUUCUACAAAUUCAUAAAAUAAAAUUAGAUAUUAAAAAUGA